AUGUGCACGAAUGCGCCCGCGCAGAUUGUUGACAGCUUGAUGGAGGCAUUCCCUGAUGCAGUUACAGGUGCACUGAGCACCGGAGACGGAUCCGAAAAGAGUUGGCAAGGAAAUGUGCUGCACAUCCUCCUCUCCAGCCCGCAGGUCUUUGGUGCUGCACUUGUGAAGCAAGUGCUCAAGCAGUCUUUGCUGCUGGACUCGUCAGUCAUCAGCCAAGCAGACACUUUUGGCCUCACCGCAACGUCUCUGCUCUUCCUGAGUGCACCAAGCAUUUUACCAGAUGUCUCCUCAUCAGAGGGCCAGGGCUUGCUGUCUGCUGUUGCCGACGCGGACCCUGAAGGAUGUGCACAGCUAUGGCGUCAGCUUGGGCUCGUGACCAAGGCGAGUAAGGGCCAAUUCGGGCACUUCGAGCAGAAGACAUCGCUGAAGGCAGUAAUUGAUGUGGUUGUGGCCGCAGACAGCUUGUUCACACAGAUGCAGGAAGGCCCAUGGACCAAAGCUACCGCGCAAGAUGUGGAGCAGAAUGCCUCAUGCGCAAAGGUGCUGGUGAAUGGCGAGUUCCUGCUUUGGUGGGCUUUGUUCUACGCCUGCCCAGCUGACAUCGUUAUGUGUUUGCUCAAGCACAAUCCCGAAGCAGCUUCGCUGCCAAGGCCCUGCAGUGCUGAGCCACUGUUCCUGGCUUUGGCUUCUGGCCACAGCCUCGUAGUCUUUGAUGCUCUGCUAGCCCUCGUUCAGCCGCAGCAAGCCCUGAGAGCAAGCUUGGACCGCUCCUUGCAGCUCUUAGCACAACUGGGACACACUGGCGUAGCACAACAAUUGGGACACGCAGCCAUUUUGUUGCAACCGUUGGCGGGGAAAACCCGCGGAGCAACCGCCUCUCAGGCAGGUCAUUUGGCAGAUGCUGGCCUCCUGCAUGUUUGCCUCCGAAUUGGCACACCCGAGGCACUUCUGGAACGGCUGGUAGAGAUGAGGCCGGAUCUAGUUACGUCCACCACGUUGCUGGAAGUGCUAGAGAGGCCCUUUGGCUCCGUGAAGUCCGUGAAGCUGUGGCGACGAUUGGCGGAGCUGGAACCUUCAGGAAAGCUUGUCGCCCUGAGGGCUCUUCAGCGAACUCUUGGAACCCCGUUGGCGGAGCACGCAGCCCAAGCACCCCAGCCCCAUCACGCCUGUGAUGCUUGGGAGGCCACCGAUCCUUGGCAAACAUCUCCUGUCCCUGGGAUGCAAGUGGUCACUCCUUUGUUCCGUUGCGCUGGGCACACAGGCGAGUCAAGCCCAGUCUCGCAAGAAGCACGGUCAGCAUUUCUGGCAGAGUUCGGCUGGACCACGAGUUACGAGCAGGAGUCGCAAAUGGAGAUGCUGGCAUCCUUGGAGGAGGAGCUGGACCGGGGACCCUCCGCACGGCCUGCGCAGGUGCGGCGCUUGCUCCAGAAGCUCGCCGGCGCUGCGCAGCAGCCCAUUGCAGCCAAGCGGAGUCCUGGCAGCGGAGGCCAGGGAGGCAUGGGAAGCAAUGGCAAGGGGGGCAAGGGCCAGUCACAGAGUCCCGUUUAUGCUGCCCAGAUGGCCGCUCUCCUCAGCUGCCCUGCAGCAGUCACGAGAAUUCUCUUCGCCCAGUGGCCUGAUGUCGCGAGGUGCCCGAUACCAGCAGAACACUUCCCUCGCAGGCUCGACAGAAGCCACUUGGGCCACCUCGUUCCGACAUACUUGAGCCAUAUCCUCAUUUACGAUGUGAAACGCUCAUUGCAAACAAGUCGGCACGGACUGGGGACAGAGGUGGACAAGGAGCUUGUGCUUGCUGCCGAGGAGGUUGUAAUGUUUGCUCCCGACUUAGUUGAAGCCUCUGCUUGUGCUGAACUUUUGGAGUGCUGCAACUCGGACGAGACGUGGUUGGCAAUGAAGCAGUUUUGGCUUGGAAUGUGGCAUAUUGUGGAAGCUACGGAAACUGUUUCGGAGUCUUGCUUCAAGGCCCUUGACACCACCGGGCUACGCAACAAACUGCAGCUUUUCCGAGAUGCGCUGCCUAGUAUCUGUCGCAAGAAUCCUGGGUGGCUUGUGGAAGGCGCCAAGCCCCGAGCCUGGCUUUGCCGGUUGCUGGCCGAAGCACGCAGACACAAACAGGAAGCUUUGCUCCCCAAACGGGAUUGGGUCCGCGAGCGUCUGCUGCACAUGGCGCGCAACAAUGCAGGCAACCCCUUCUCUCGCCUGCCUGCCCAGGCCAUUGUCCGGGUCGCUUCCUGCCUGGGAACUCCUUCUCUUCUUGCCGUCGUGGUCUCUGCACUGUCCGCAUCACGCUGCUGGUCCGCUAGCGAGGUUUCUGUGAACCAUGCGAUGCCGCAACUCUAUGUGCCCGACGUGUACGGCUACGUCGGCAAUGGAUUUGGACGCCUGAGCACGGCUGACUGUGCCACCCAAGUCCUUCAAGUCUGCCUGGGUGAGGCCGCAGAGGCGUUUGAUCCCUGGGCUGUGCGUGAGGUCAUGUGUGUCAGCCCAGACAGCGCAAGGAAGAUCCUACAGGUGUCGUCAGGGGUGUCACCAAGUAGUGGAGCUGUGAGAAUGCUGCCGUUGUCAGCUAUACUGAUCAACACCGAAAUUCAUGCAUUCCAAUUGGCAGAAUGGGUCUUGAGCCUUUUUCCAGAGGCGGCCUGUGCGGAGGACGGCUUGGGCCGCCUUCCGCUGGAGUUGCUGGCCCUACACCGGAACCUUGCCAUUGACAGUCGCCGAAGCUGGCAAAGCUUGCUUGAGAAGUUGCUACCUCUGACGCCUCCUUCACCUGCGCCGGUGGAGGUGGCCAAGAACCCUGGCAGCUGGCACCAAGUUUCAUGCAGGUCCGGGCGAAAGGCCUGGCUUCUCCAGCGCUGCCUCCUCUCGGCAGAAUUUGUGCAUCAGCUCGGGCAAGCACGAGCCGCGCCUACCGUUGACAGCGCAGAACCGCAAGCGUCCGGAGAGUUUUGCUUGGUUGUGCACCAGGAAUACCAGGAGCAUGAUGGCAGGCCGAGGGAUGAUGCGGUGCUUGGUUGCCGUGCCUCCUUGAUUCCCAUCUGCGACGUGGAUGUGAAUCUUACUAUGCAGCAUGCCACUUCCAAGCUACCCUUGAAACAACCUUCAACCUUGGUUUGCUGUGUGAGUUGUCGAAUGAUUCCUGUGGAGAUUCUACGCGCUUUGCUUCAUCGGAGAAGGGGCGAGCUAGAUGUGGAGGUUCUCACAGCCCUUCUCCUAAAGAGGGCCUCUCCGAGAAGAUCUCGGCGGAUCUGGGGUGCUGCCGCGGGGAGCAAGCAUUGCCCUUGGUCCUGGCAAUCUACCGGAAAAGCCCCAGGGAAGUCACCACAGCUCUCUUGGAGGCGAACCCCUGCUGCAAGCUGA